AUCUGCGCCGGCACGUACGGGUCACAUGGCGUUGCGCCGGGAAGCGGAGGGACGGAUUCAGGGGCAGCUUGGCUUGGCGCGCUUGUAAACACACGACAUGGCGGUGUCAGCGGCAACAGUCUCGGCGGCCUUGAGCCUUCUUCAGCGUCGAGGCCGGUUGGCCUCGAUGGCGGCUGCCGCCACACUCUCCUACUCUGCCGCUUCGUCCUCCCUGGGCAGCUUGCGGGGGCCGGCGCGAGGGUGCUGCUCGGCCGUGAGAGGCUACAGUUCUGAGGCGAAAGCGGGGGAGGAGGAGUUGCGAGUCCGGUAUUUGGACGACGAGCACAAAGGAAUUGUAGUACUUGGAAUAAACAGACCACAUUCAAAAAAUGCACUUAAUAAAAAUGUUAUUAAAAUGAUAUCAAAAGUUCUGGAAGCUUUGAAAAGUGACAAAAAAGUACGGACGGUUAUAUGCCGAAGUGAAGUUCCUGGGGUAUUUUGUGCUGGUGCUGACCUUAAAGAAAGAGCCAAAAUGCAUUCUAGUGAAGUAAGCUCUUUUGUUUCCAAAGCAAGAGCAACAAUUAAUGAUUUAGCUAAUCUUCCAGUGCCAACUAUUGCUGCCAUAGAUGGAAUUGCACUAGGUGGUGGCCUAGAAUUGGCUUUAGCCUGUGACAUUCGAGUGGCAGUGACUUCUGCAAAAAUGGGUCUAGUUGAAACAAAGUUAGCAAUCAUUCCUGGAGCAGGGGGGACACAGAGACUGCCUCGUACAAUUGGAGUGUCCCUGGCCAAAGAACUAAUCUUUUCUGCUCGUGUUGUUGAUGGUGAUGAAGCAAAAUCAAUAGGCUUGAUCAGUCAUGUGGUGGAACAGAAUGAAGAAGGGGAUGCUGCCUACAGAAGGGCUUUGGUUCUUGCAAGAGAAUUUUUACCUCAGAAUGGAGAUUUCCAGAUUUAGACCUUUUUGUGUCAGAAGAAAACCACAAGACUCCCCGUUACUGUUCCAGAGGAGGAGUCGGCCUCGAGUCUCUUGGGGACGCGUUUCAGUUAAAGUGGUCCAACCAUCUCCAUUAUCUUUUUCCUCCGUUCCCUCUGUUAGCCAGGCUGCUCUGCAAGAUUCAGAUGGACAGAACGUCGGCCAUUCUGAUAGCCCCUUAUUGGCCAUGACAACUAUGGUUUCACACGCUCCUGAGACUCCACAGCUGGAUACAUCGUUUCCCGAUGCGACCAGACGUAUUGUCUUACCAGGGGGUGGUGUUUCAUCACAGAGUACAUGCACUCAAACUGAUAGCUUGGCUAAUACUUCAGUACGGGUUUUCUCCAAGGGAGUAAUGUAUGUGCUCCAGAAUGCCUGUCACUUGUCUACCCGACAAUCUUACUCCUUAAAAUGGAACAGGUUUACUGACUGGUGUAGGGGACGAGCGUUGGACCCUUUGACUUCUUCCCUCUCCGAGGUUCUGGAUUUUUUAUGGGGACUUAAACAGGCAGGUUUAUCCAAUUCGUCUAUCAAUUCGUCUGUUUGGCCACUAUUUCUGCAUUUCACCCCCCAGUGGACUGCAAGAUGGUGUUUUCUCACUACACUUCAAAGUUGUUUUUGAAGGGACUGAAUAAUCUAUUCCCUCCAAUCAGGGCGUUAGUUCCCCAAUGGUCUUUACCUUUGGUUUUAACUAGGCUCAUCUCCAAACCUUUCGAGUCUUUAGCCACUUGCCCUCUAAACUUACUUACCUUUAAGGUGGCAUUCCUGGUUGCUGUUUCUUCAGCCAGUAGAGUGGGAGAGUUAGCGGCCUUAUCCUGUGAGGCCCCUUACCUUAAUAUCCAUCUAGAAAAAGUAGUACUUAGGACUAAAGUGGAGUUUCUACCUAAGGUAGUGUCUAAAUUCCAUAUGUCUCAGGAGAUUUCCUUACCUGUAUUUUUUAGAGAUCACUCCUCUGAGGCAGAGAGGGCCCUUCAUACCCUGGAUGUUUGCAGGGCUCUCCUUUUUUACUUAGACCGUGUGAAACCAUUUAGAAUGGAUUCUCACCUUUUUGUUUGUUUUGCGGGGCCAAAUAAGGGAAAGAAAGCUAACCCUCAGACAUUGGCUUGCUGGGUAGUUCAAGCAAUUUUAUUAUGUUAUAAAUGUGCUAACUUACCUUGUCCGUUGGAGGUACAUGCUCACUCCACUAGGUCUCAAGCAGCAGCAGCAGCGCUCCUGAGAGGUGUCCCACUCCAAGACAUCUGCAAGGCUGCAACUUGGGCCUCGGCAGACACGUUUGUCAGGCACUACGCCCUGGAUGUCCUAGACAGUAAGGAAACAAUAGUGGGUACAGCUGUCCUACAAUCAAUCUUCCUG